AUGUCGUCACGUUCUUUAUCCACAUCCACCACCACCACCACCUCAACCUCCUCCGCCAACAACAAAACCAACAACUCAAAAUCAAAUACACAAUUUCAACCUUAUCAACUACAAACAAUAGCAAACCUUCCAAUAGAUGAAUUAACUUCAUUAGAAUCCAACAUUUCCCAAGAGUUUAAACAAUUAUCUCAAGAAUAUUUACGUAGUCGAUUAAAUCGAAUAAAUGCUAUGAUUGAAAAACUUAUAAUUCUGAUUAGAUUAGCUGGUAAUAAUGAUAAGAAUUGGUUUAAGAUUUUUAAUUUUGAAAUUGAAACUAUUAAUAAUAUCAAAACAAAUUUUGAAGAUUUAAUUUUAGAAAGUUUAGGUGUUGUUAAUAAUAAUAGAAUUGAUAUUUUAAAAUCUUUAGAUGAAUAUGAAACUGAAUUAAAAGAGAUUUUUAAAAGUUUACAAAGUCCUUUAGAUUUUGAUGAUAUGUUAAAUAACAAUAAGGAAAAGAAAACUACACAAUCAUCAUUAGAUAAAUUAUUACCAUUUCCAUAUCUUUUUAAUCAAGUUUUUCAACCUCAUAAAGAUCUUUUAAAUAUGAUUAUAAAUGAAAAAAAUUAUCAAGCUGAAUUAAUUAAGAAUAAUCUGAAGGGGAAUUCAGUUAUAAUUUGGAAACAAUAUUAUCAUGAUAUGUUACGUAAGAAGCAAGAACUUAUUCAACUGACAAAUGAUGAAUUAUAUGAAUUAUAUCAAGAAUUCCAUCAUAUGAAUAUUCAACGGAAAUAUAUCAAUCAUGCAAACAAAAUAUAUUUCCGUUCUGUAGUUAAUCCAAUGGAAGUUAUCGAAUCAACCGAACAGCUCCGAAAUGAAGAAGAAGAAAACGACGCUGAUGAACAAGAACAACAACAACAACAACCAAAACAAGAAGAACAACAAUCAAUCACAAAAGUAAAUUCACUCAAUACUAAAGAUUUAUCAAAACUCAUAAAAUAUAAUCAUGAUUCAGAUUAUGUUAAUCUAGAUACAAGAUUUCUUCCUCAUAAAAAUAGAAUUGAAUUAACCACGAUAAGAAAAUCAAUUAUUGAUAAAACUUCAAGAAUUUGUAAAGUUCCUCAUAUGAGAAAAAUGUUAAUCCAUAAGACAUACCCCAAGGAAGAGAAUUUAAUUUUACUGAAACGUCCUUGUGAAGGGUUGGAUAGCUAUCAAGAUGAUGAUAUUGAUCAAGAUAUUUGGUUGAUCCGUAGUCGGAUUCAAAAAGGGGUUCAAACUGAACGGAUUGAUGGGGAUGAAGAAGAAGAAGAAGAAGAGGAUGGGGAAGAUGCAGAGGGUGGUGGCUCUGAAGAAUCUGACAUGGAAGAGGAAGAAGAACUGGAAGAGGGUGAAGAUGAAGACAUGAGUUCCGAGGAUGAUUCUGAAUAUAUUGAUGAAACGGAAUAUCAGGAAUUAUACAACUUAUCCCCAGAACAACGAGAACUUCGUAAUGAAUAUAAACGAUUAUUAAAUUCAUCCUCAUCAUCAUCUAACCCCAGGAACACAACCUUAAAAUGGCGUUCCAUACCUCCAUUAGAGAAAUUUCAAAUUUUGUAA